AUGAGUGAAACUCAAAAAGUAAAUCAACAGAAAGGUAGAACAUAUCUAUCCAGACUCUGGUCAGUGGACCCAUUGGGAAAAGGAUCACAUUCUUCAGUGGAGGACGACUUGAAGGAUUUCUAUUCUGAGACAGAGAGAACCACUGGGAAUUCUCACAAGUGGGCUUGUCCUUGGGCAGCUCACCUGGGGCUGGAAGCUGCCCAGAUGCUGGAUUACAGAGCCAGGAUGGAGAGCUCCAAGAAGGAGAAGGUGGAGCAAAUCUUGUCUGAGUUCAGGCUACAGGAAGAAGACCUGAAGAAAGUGAUGAGGCGGAUGCAGAAGGAGAUGGACCGGGGUCUGAGGCUGGAGACCCAUGAAGAAGCCAGUGUGAAGAUGCUCCCUACUUACGUGCGCUCCACCCCAGAAGGGUCAGAAGUGGGAGACUUCCUCUCUCUGGAUCUGGGUGGCACCAAUUUCCGGGUCAUGUUGGUCAAAGUGGGAGAAGGAGAGGAGGGUCAGUGGAGUGUGAAGACAAAGCAUCAGAUGUAUUCCAUCCCUGAGGAUGCCAUGACAGGCACAGCAGAAAUGCUAUUUGACUACAUCUCUGAAUGCAUUUCUGAUUUCCUCGACAAACACCAUAUGAAACAUAAAAAGUUACCCCUGGGCUUCACGUUCUCCUUCCCGGUGCGGCAUGAAGACAUUGACAAGGGAAUCCUUCUUAACUGGACAAAAGGCUUCAAAGCAUCAGGCGCUGAAGGAAAUAACAUAGUCGGGCUUUUGAGAGAUGCUAUCAAGCGGCGAGGGGACUUUGAGAUGGACGUCGUUGCCAUGGUCAAUGAUACGGUGGCAACAAUGAUUUCCUGUUACUAUGAAGAUCGCCAGUGUGAGGUCGGGAUGAUUGUUGGCACAGGGUGUAAUGCCUGCUACAUGGAAGAGAUGGAGAAUGUGGAACUGGUGGAAGGCGAUGAAGGUCGAAUGUGUGUGAACACCGAGUGGGGAGCCUUUGGGGACGCUGGGGAACUUGAUGAGUUCCUGUUGGAGUAUGACCGGGUGGUGGACGAGACCUCCCUGAACCCCGGUCAGCAGCUUUAUGAGAAGAUCAUCGGGGGCAAGUACAUGGGGGAGAUCGUGAGGCUGGUUCUAAUGAAGCUGGUGGAUGAGAACUUGCUCUUCAAUGGGGAAGCAUCUGAACAGCUGAGGACUCGGGGUGCCUUUGAGACCCGUUUUGUCUCCCAAGUGGAGAGUGAUUCUGGGGACCGAAAGCAGAUCUACAAUAUCCUGAGUACUCUGGGCCUGCUACCCUCCACAACAGACUGUGAUAUUGUGCGUAUGGUCUGUGAGAGUGUCUCCACUCGGGCAGCACAGAUGUGCUCAGCUGGGCUGGCAGGCGUCAUCAACCGUAUGAGGGAGAGCCGAAGCGAGGAGGUCAUGAGGAUCACUGUGGGUGUAGAUGGCUCAGUCUACAAACUGCACCCCAGUUUCAAACACCGAUUUCAUGCCACUGUGCGGCAGCUGGCACCUUGCUGUGACAUCACUUUCAUCCAGUCAGAGGAGGGCAGUGGACGAGGUGCUGCCCUUGUCUCUGCUGUGGCCUGCAAGAAGGCCUGCAUGCUUAGCCAGUGA